UCCAAAAAAGUAAGAAUGCAGAUCACAAACAUGUCAUUCCCUCUCUUCUUCCUUUGGUUCAUAAUCAUUGUUUUCUCAAUCUUGGUUUACAAAAGGCUAGUAUUACUAUCCAAAUGCAAAGCAAAGUUACAUUUGCCACCUACUCCAGCAACUCUGCCGAUAAUCGGAAACCUCCAUCAACUGGGUAGAUUACCUCAUCGUUCCCUACAAUCCCUUUCUAACAAGUAUGGCGACCUGAUGUUGCUCUACUUCGGUAACAGGGCAACCUUGAUCGUGUCCUCUCCGAAGGUAGCCGAGGAGAUCAUGAAGACCCGUGAACACCUCUUUCUCGAUAGGCCUAAAUUACGGUUCAUAGAUACAAUAUUUUACCAAGGAAAUGACGUUGGAUUCAGUUCAUAUGGUGAUAAUUGGAGGUAUAUGAAAAGCAUAUGUGUGAUGGAGCUUUUGUCCAACAAAAGGGUUGAAUCUUUUCGAUCUAUAAGAGAAGAAGAAGUAGCGCGACUGAUUAAAGAGAUCAAACUCAGCAGUAAUAAUAUUGGUUCAUCAUCAGCUUUCAACUUAAGUGAGAUUUCUUCCGCACUCUUUAAAGGUCUCAUAUGUAGGACGGCCUUAGGAAGGAAGUACGAUGAUCGUGAAAGUGGAAAGGAAGACAUUUAUGGGAUGUUCAAGGAGCUUGCUGACGUUAUGGGGGAGGUAAGUGUAGGAGAUUACAUCCCCUUUUUAGCUUGGAUUGAUACAUUUACUGGUUUGGAAAACCGGGUGGCAAAUGUGCAUAAACAGUUUGACGCUUUUAUUGAACAAAUUGUUCAAGAUCAUGAGAUUCGUUUUAAUAAUACUGAUGAUGAUGAUGAUGAUGAUGAUAAGGAUGCGGCUCAUGGAAACAACAACGUCCAAGACUUUGUCGAUGUUUUGCUCAAAAUUCAGAGAGAAAACCCUCAACAGCUUUCAAGAGAUAACAUCAAAGGUGUUAUUUUGGACAUACUUGGUGCGGGCACAGACACGUCUACUACGUUAUUGGGAUGGGCAAUGACAGAGUUGUUAAGGCAUCCUAAAAAAAUGAAAAAACUGCAAGAAGAGGUAAGGGACAUUGUCAAAACCAAAACCAAAACCAAAACAAGGGUAACAGAAUCUGAAUUAGCAAACAUCAACUACUUAAAGGCAGUGAUCAAGGAAACACUUAGGCUACAUCCUCCGGUUCCGUUAUCGGGAUAUCGAGAAUCCUCCCAACAUGUGAAAAUCGAUAAAUACGAGAUUCGUGCAAAGACUCAAGUAAUUGUAAAUGCGUGGGCAAUACAACGCGAUCCUAGAUUUUGGGAAGACCCAGAGAAUUUCCAUCCAGAGCGAUUCUUAAAUAAUUCUAUUGAUUUUAGGGGACAACAUUUUCAAUUCAUUCCUUUUGGAGCCGGAAGAAGAGGUUGCCCUGGAGUGUCAUUGGGUAUUAUUACUAUUCAACUUGUGUUAGCAAGUCUUGUUUAUCAAUUCAAUUGGUCUUUGCCCAAUGGAGAGACGACUUUGGACACUGCUGAAAGAUGGGGUGUAUCUGUUCGACGACGAACCCCCCUUAUACUCGUUGCUACUCCAUAUCUAAAUUAAAUGUGUCCGACUAGUCUUGCAAUAUUAUGAAUCAAGUGGAAAUCAUCAUCGCUGCUACAACAAGUCAUUAUAACAUAAUUCUGAAAAAGCUGCAUGUUUCAACGUUAUACACGGGAGACAUUCUACAAUUCAAUAUUUAAAGAUAGUAGUUUUGAUGAAGAAAUUAUUUAUUUGAUUCAAUUGUUAUGUAUUUGUUAGAUUUAUAUGUUUCUUAUAAAUGUCGUGUGACUCUUUAUUAAUAAACUGA